AUGAAACCAAGAGAUAACAGUAUUCCUGGCUCCGGUAGAAGUGAAAUAUUAUAUAAUGUAAAAAAAACAGACUCUAUGUUCAUAAAAUUACCUCCAGCUGCUGAUUGUCUUCAAUAUGUACAAGAUUCAAAAUAUUUGAUUGCUCGUGAAAGAUGCGAAUUCAUAUCUCGUUUAUUAAAUAAUAAUGUUGCAGCAGCAAGAGACAGCUCUAAUGUCGAUUAUGAUGUUACAAAGUUAGGAACACGACAACAACAAUCACAAAAAUGUUUAAAAGAAACUGUGGUAGCACCCACAGUAUUCUCUUCGACACCAACAUCGACGCAUACACCACGUGCACAAAAGAAUGUUAUAUCAUCAACAAAAACGACAUUAUUAUCAUCAGGUACUAAGAAGAGUGCUUCUUCUUCACAAUCAUCUUCUGAUGAAAGUUCUCAAUCGCCACCAUUAAAGAAACAGAAGAAUAAAAAUAAUAAACUGAUUAAAAAACAAAAGCAACAACACGUGUUGAAAACAACAACUGAACAAGGUGCUCCGGCACCUCAUUUACGUUCAAUUCCAAUAUUGAGUCGUCUUAGAGUUAGACCCAACGAUCAUACUGCUGGUGUUUCGUCGUCUUAUUCCACAUCAUUAUCUGAACCUGGUCUCAUUGCUACAAUAUCGAAGAAUAAACAAACAGCUAGGGUCAAGAAGCGUCAACAUUCAUCGAAACAUAAAUAG